GAAUGGAGGAUUCCAAUAGUGAUGAUGCUCACUCCGACUCUAGGAACGAGUCGAUUCAUUCUCAGGAAGAUUGUCAAAAGGGCGGGCGCGGAGCAACACGAUUGCCACAUUUAAUGCUUCAAAGUGGGAAUAACAAGUUGAAAAUAUCAUUUGAUUGUAAUAUGCUGCCAGAUGGACCGACCACAGAUAUCACCACCUAUUUCAUUAGUUGUGUUGGCAUGUUAGGUCGGAGCAAAGCCAGCAUUUUAGCUGAAAAUUGGAAAAAUGGGGUGCCCGACAAGAUUAAAGAGCAAAUCUGGCAAACUCUACAGGAGAUAUUUGAGUUGCCGAAUGAUAAAAAAUUGAAAGAAUACUGGUUAAGACGUGCUGGGGAAUAUUGGAGGAUUUUCAAGACUAGCCUCAAUCGCUACAUAUUCGGAAAAAAAAAA